CCUCCAUAGCCCAAGCACCAAGAGCUUAAUCUAUCACUCGCACCUAGCAAUUAGCUAGCUAGGUAGCGAUGGGGCACACAAGGGCAGCGGUGCUAGCGGUGGUGCUCGCCGUCACCGUGCUUGGGCUUGCCACCGAUGGCCAGGCGCAGCUGCAGAGCGGGUUCUACACGGGCAAGUGCCGCGGGAGCGACGUGGAGGCGGUCGUCCAGGGUAUCGUCCAGGCCCGCUUCGCCAGCAACAGCGACAUUGUCGCCCACCUCCUACGCUUGCUGUUCCACGAGUGCGGUGUCAACGGCUGCGACGGCGGGCUGCUCAUCGACGGUUACAGCACAGAGAAGACGGCAAAGCCGAACCUGAGCGUCAAGGGCUACGAGCUCAUCACUGCGAUCAAGACGGAGCUCGAGAAGCGGUGCCCCGGCGUCGUAUCCUGCUCCGACAUCGAGGUCCUCGCAACCAGAGACGCCGUCGCCGCGUCCACGGGGCGAAGAUACGCGGUGCGCACCGGGCGCAGGGACAGCCGGCGGUCCGUGGCCACCGACGUGAACCUUCCCGGGCCGGAUGACACGGUCCCCAAGGCAGCCGCUUUCUUCCGCAACCUCGGCCUCACCUCGGACGACAUGGUCGUUCUCCUGGGCGCGCACACCGUCGGCGUCACGCACUGCAGCAUGAUCAAGAGGAGCCGCCUGUACAGCUACGGCGGCAGGGCCGGAGCAACGGACCCGAGCAUGGACCCCAACACCGCGGCCACGUACAAGAGAUACCCGUGCCCCGACACGGCGUCGUCCGACAACACCAUCCUGUACCUCGACGACCGGGCCAGCGCGUCCAAGGUGGACAACAGCUUCUACAAGAUGCUGCAGCAGCGCCGUGGCGUGCUCAUGGUCGACCAGAACCUCUACAACGACAGCUCCACGCGGUGGAUGGUCGACAGGCUCGCCAACACCGACCACUUCAACUGGCUCUUCCCGCAGGCCCUCGUCAAGCUGGGGGAGGUCAAGGUGCUUACCGCCACGCAGGGAGAGGUCCGCAGGGUCUGCAGCAGGUUCAACUGAUGAGAUCAUCAUCGUUUUCUGAGGAGACAUCAAUUAAUGGUGUGCCUUUUGUGUUUAUUUCCGGUCUGAUUGGUGGUAUUUUUUUUCUUCCCUUUUUUGGUUUUGGUCGGAUUCAUCUUGAUGUACUUCGUUCUCUCCAUUCAUUUAAUUUGUGUUCCACUGAACAAUUUCAAAUAACAUGAACGACUGAGAUCAACAGCAACA